AUGGCUGAGAUGUUAGGUCGCUUGAAGUUGACAUUAGAAGAAAGUGAUGCAGUUGAGGUGGCAGAUGAUAUUGAAGAAGAUUUGGCAACAUCUGAUUGCGUCAUUAUUGGUAAGGUCCUGUCUCAAGGGGUCUUGCAUAUACAAACAAUUACAUCGGCACUUAAACCUGCUUGGGGUAAUCCGAAAGGUUUGAGGAUGAGAACAGCUGGGGAUAAUAUGUUUAUUGCAGACUUUGGCUCCAAACAAGACAAAAAUAGAGUUUUAGAUGGUUCUCCCUGGAAUAUUGGUAAACGGGCAGUUUUAGUUCAGGAGUUUGAUGCUUCUAUGAGGCCAUCUGAUAUUCACUUUGAUCACGUCGAUUUGGGGCCUGUUGAAAAAUUAGAAGUGGAUGAUCAGGACCGUGCAUGUGGAGCUUACCUUAGAGCAAAGGUACAGAUCAAUAUAACAAAACCUCUUAUGAGGGGCGUUUCAAUUUUCUCAACCAAAAGACAAGUAAAGGAAUGGUAUGAGGUGCGAUAUGAGAAAUUACCAAAUUAUUGCUACUCAUGUGGAAUUAUUGGACAUUCAUCUGUUGAGUGUCUUAUACCAGCAGAGCGAGAUGCAGAUGGCUUGCUCCCUUAUAGUGGAGAUCUGAGAGUUCCAGAUGACAAAAAGAAAAGGCCUUCUGAUGAUGUAAAUGGCCAGAACUCUAUCUCAGCAGGGAAGAGUGGUGGCACAAGUGGCCAAGAAUCAAUGUCAGGAGAUUUUAAUGAAGCCUUAAGUAGUGAUGAGCAUUUGGGAAGAACAGAAAGAGGUGGAUCACAAAUGAAGCUCUUUAGGGAAUGCCUAGAGAACUGUGGUCUCCUGGAUCUAGGAUUCUCAGGGCCAAAGUUUACGUGGAAUAAUAGGCAAGAAGGUAUUAAUAAUGUGAGAGUACGCCUUGAUCGAGCAGUGGUUAAUGGUCAGUUCCUACAACUUUUCGAUGACUGCCAUGUAGAUAAUAUAAUCACCUUCUCCUCGGACCACUAUGCCAUUUUGAUAUCAAUUGGUAGGGGAGGGGACACAAAGGAUUACAGACAUGUCACCCAAAAUUUUAGAUACGAAGCUAUGUGGGCAAGAGCAGCCGACUACAAGGAAGUAGUGGAGAAGAACUGA